AUGGCGGAUACAGAUACUAAAAAAGAUGCCGCCCGCACAAAUGAGCGAGGUAUUCCAUAUGCACCAUUCGUGGAUCGAGUCGAGGAUUACGUUACUACGAGGGCGGAUGUUGAGCCUACGUUGAAGAGAUUCCAGGAGAUGAUUUCGGACUCAGACUUGGGGGAUCGGGGCAUUGGGGCAUUGGACGAUUCGAGAAAUCAGAAGCUCAUACUUUCGAAUUUGUUUAGGAAAUAUCAGUUCAUGGAGGUAAAUCAACAAAAGAGAAUCGCCGGGUUGAAAAUCAAUAUGCCGGAUAUUCAGAAGACGCUGGAUACGGUGAGGUUUCUGAAGACGAGGAAGGAGGGUACGGAUCCUAUACAGGCUACAUUUGAGUUGAAUGAUACUUUAUAUGCCAAAGCCAACAUUCCGGCUACGGAGGAGGUUUAUUUAUGGUUAGGGGCAAAUGUGAUGUUAGCAUAUCCGAUUGAUGAGGCGGAGGAAUUACUUUCGAACCGACUCGCGGCUGCGAAACAAAGUUUCGCGAAUUGUGAGGAGGAUUUGGAUUUCUUGAGAGAACAGAUUACGACUAUGGAGGUUGCUACAGCUAGGGUGUACAAUUGGGAUGUUACGAUGAAGAGAAAAGAGAAGAACGAAUCGGAGGUUGCAGAGGAAAAGGAUGGGAAGACUGGUAGUUCUAAUGGUUGA